AUGCCUGACUUUCUUUCCACGAAAAUGAUGCGGAGACGCCUUCACAUGCUGCCCUUUUUCAUCCUGAACCUGACGUUGGCUAUUCUAAACUCGGCUAUUGCGAGAUACGCCAUCCUUCUGCGAGACCGAGCGCGAUGGGAAAUCACAGAACCCGAGAAUGUCAAUCUUGCCGUCUCAUUCCAACAGCUCAUGGGAUCUGUCCACGGAACUGCAUUGCUUGGUGAAAUUUCUUCGGUCUUUUCUACCAUCGUUGGUCUUAUACUUGUGGUUUACCCAAGUUUCCCGCGCGAAAGGUACAAUUUUCGGGAACUCUAUGUGGUUUUCGUGCAAUGUAUUUCGCUUCUGCUUAUCAUAAUCACCGGGAUCAUAGUUGCAGCCUGUGUAAGCGGGUUCAAAUACACUUUUACAAGGCUGCAGGGUGAUGAUAGAAUCUCGUAUUAUUCUAUCAUGUAUUAUGGUGGCAUUGGAGAAGCCGUUCUUGCGGCUCUUGUGAUCAUUAUACCUUAA